AUGGAGGAAGAAUUAGCGACCCUAAAACAGACCCUUGAAGCUGCCUUGGCCAGACUACAAGGACCUCUGAACGGAGAAUUGACCCAGGCACCGCACGCUUAUGGUCCAAACCAGCUCCCCGACAAAAGGCUUAGCGUGCUUGCAGCGGAGAACAUAGAUCUUUUGCACUCCAUAGAGCAGCUACUGACCCCUGCGCCGUUAUUGCUGGCAGAUUACUUCUUAGGCUACGUCGACACCAAAUGCCUUUAUGCAGCGGUACAACUUAGGGUGCCUGAUAUCCUGAAAGCCGGUGAAAAGACUAUCUCCAACAUAGCCCGAGAAUGCAAUGCCCGAGAAGACCGGUUGAAGCAGAUAAUGCGUGCCUUAUCCUUCAAUGGCAUUUUUUCCUGGAAUCCUUCCACAGAUGCGUACAGCAACAAUUCCGUUUCGGAGCUCCUCACCAGCGGCCACUGGACACAGUGGCGAAAUUGGGUUGAUCUCUAUGGCAAUGAGUUCUACGAUAUCGCAAGGGGCAUACCGGCAUCAUUGGCAACAGGCUGCACACGUAGUGCCGCGCAAGUCAACUUCAACACGGAUGACAACAUGUUCACAUACUUCACAGCACAGGGAUGGCUCCCGCGGCUACACAGAACUCUUGGGGGAGGAGCUACAGCACAGAGUCCCGGAAUACUUGAAGACUAUCCGUGGCAUGAAUUUGGCAACGGGCCUUUCCUGGAUAUCGGAGGAGGUGAAGGAGCCCUGGUUGCACUCCUGCUCCGCAAGUACAAGUCUCUUAAUGGGGCUUUGUUCGACACGGCACGAGUCAUUGAACAUGCUCAACGUUUGUUUCAUGAGCCGGGGGCCAAAUUCAAUGAUGUUGCACAACAGCUGAUUCCCAAUGGGCUCAUUACGGGUGACUUUUUUGCAAGCAUACCAACCUUUGAAUUCUAUACUAUGAAGUGGUGCUUGCAUGAUUGGAAGGACCCGGAGGCUGAAAAAAUACUCUCGAACAUCCGCCGUGCCAUCAAAGCCACGCCAGAAAGUCGGCUAGUUAUCCUUGAGUCCAUAUUGGUAGGAGGGAGAUUUGGGCGGCUGUCUAGAUAUGCCGAUAUCAAUAUGAUGAUGACGGCAAACGGUCAAGAGAGAACGGAGGAUGAAUGGAGGCAGCUAGCCAGGGCGACCGGUUGGAAACUCGGCCGAAUCUGCUCUCUGAGAGGUGCAUGGCCAUGUGCCAUUGAGCUACGGCCUGCUCCCCCAUUGUAG